AUGGAACGGUACUUUGCUCGAAAGAACAAGGCGCAUGUCAAGGUGCUCGACAAGUACGUGAUUCUUGGCUUCAUCUCCAGCGGCACAUAUGGCAAAGUCUACAAAGCAAAGUCGAGCUUCCUAGAUGACGAGCGCGAGUACGCCAUCAAGAAAUUCAAACCAGAUCGUGACGGACAGGCAGUUGCAUACACGGGUCUUUCCCAGUCAGCAAUCCGAGAGAUGGCCUUGUGCCGUGAGCUACGACAUGAGAACCUGGUCAACCUCCACGAGAUAAUACUCGAAGACAAGUGCAUCUACAUGGUUUUUGAAUACGCCGAGUACGAUCUGUUGCAAAUCAUCCACUACCACGUCCAUCAACCCAAGCCGCAGCAAAAGAUUCACGAUGCCGCAGUGCGCUCCAUCAUGGCGCAACUGAUACAGGGCGUCGACUUCUUACACAAGAACUGGGUGAUGCAUCGGGAUCUCAAGCCUGCCAACAUAAUGAUCAAUAAGAAUGGCCAAGUCAAGUGUGGUGAUUUGGGUUUGGCGCGUCUCUUCUUCACCCCCUUACAACCCUUUUGGGCUGGUGACAAGGUCGUGGUCACAAUCUGGUAUCGUGCUCCUGAACUGUUGCUCGGGGCGAAGCACUAUGGUCCAGCUAUUGACAUGUGGGCUAUCGGGUGUAUCUUUGCAGAGUUGCUCGUGCUGAGACCACUAUUCAAGGGAGACGAAGCAAAGGUGGACAACAAGAAGCAGGUGCCUUUCCAAAGGGAGCAGCUGAAGAAGAUCAUCGAUAUGCUGGGGAAGCCGACUCCAGAACGUUGGCCUGAUGUGGUCAAUAUGCCAGAGUACAACCAGCUCAAGACUUUUCGCGCGCAGCACUAUGCUAAUCAGCUUCCCAACUGGUAUAACCUUAUUGGACCCAUGGCAGCGAGUCAAGAGGGUCUCAAAUUACUUAUGAGUCUGUUGGAAUACGACCCUACUAAGCGUCUUAGCGCUGAAGAUGCCUUGAAGCACCCUUACUUUCAAGAGAUGCCGAAAUACACGUCAAACGCCUUUGAAGGGACGGGCGUCAUCUAUCCUAAUCGGCAGAUUCGGGCAGAUGAUACGGACAUGAGCCAUGUUGUCCCUGUGAAGAAGGUGACCACGACUGCGAAUCAAGCUAGCUCAUCUGUUGCCGGUAAGCGUGGUCAUGAUACCGUGGGAGGCACGACAUCUGGUGCAAAAAGGGCGAAGUAG